AUAAUUUUUUUGAAUGAAUUCCAUUCUAAGAAAUGACUGUAUUUAUCAAAAGAAAUUUUAUCUUAAUUUUUUUUUAUUUAGUGUAACUAACCGAGGUUAAUGUUUACAUGGAAAAGAAAAAAAACUAAUUCAAAAUUAUUUUCAAGGGAGUGUGAUUAAUUGAAGUAAUUCUCAGCCAAACUUAAAAAGUUUGGACACAACUUUUCUUUUCUAUGAAAGACCAUUUAAAAGAGAAAAAUCUGACCUAGACUGUAGUCGAUGGAUGAUAACAUUAUGUUCCAGCAUUCUCAUAUUUUAUAACGAAAAAAAAAAAGAAAAAGAUUUUUUUCUAACCACCUGCGUGUCCUCGAAAGGAAGAAAAGAAGACUUUCCACUAACAAGUGGUUGAAAAUGGUGACCUUUUGAUAUCUCACAUUCUGGGAAUAUUUCAUAUGAAUUCCAUAUUAAUGAAUUUUACUAAAAAGGAAAACAGGAAAAUAUAAUUAUCGCAGUAAUAAUAACUCUCCAAAGAGUUACAACUUUAAGUUUACCUCUUUUUUUUUUUUUUGAUUGAAUAAUUCAUUCCAAUUGAUGUUUAAUGCGUUUUAUCUGGACAUUGGUCAUACAAAAUGUGUCGCCUCCAACCAUACACUACCUCAUGGAAUUUAUUAUACACUAGGAUCUCUUAUUUUACAACGUGUCUCUUGAUUUUACCGCUAGCUUCUGCAUUUUGGUCUAACGGUAAUAAAGAUUUCACCAAGCCUACUAUUACUUCAUCUAAGUUUAAUGACAGUGUAUCAGAACUUGUGUUGGACGCUGGAGAUAACCUCACUCUUACCUGCACAGGUACCAGCCGAGUAAAAUGGGAAAUUCCACACAUUCGAAGGAAGGGAACUACCAUCAUUAUAAAUGAAUCCGAUGACGGCCUUGAGGUUAAUGCUACAAUGACCAAUGCUGCAUAUGCCGACACUGGUAGGUUUACAUGCACUUACGGAAGGAGGGUGUGGCUGAGCUCUGAUGUUUACGUUUACUUUAGAGAUCCAGAUAACUUCUUUGUUGAAAGUAUUAUAUUCAGUCAUGUCACGAGCCUUCAACCAGGAUACUUCAGUUGCCUAGUGACAGACCCUAAUAUCAAAGUGAGCCUACGGAAGCAUAGCAAACCUGUUGAACUUAGCAAAAACCUCCAGUAUGACCCAAAAAAGGGUUUUGUAAUUAAAGUUCCAACAGUGCUGUACACUGGCACUUUUGCAUGUGUUGGAGAACUCGACAAUAAAACUCAAACAGUAGCUGUGCACAGCACUUUUCAGGAUAAUCAGGAACUGACUCCUGAAAUUAUUGUAGAUAGAACUAAGUACAUGGUUAAUGAAAAAAUUGAAAUGAGUUGCAAAGUUGAGGUUAACAAACAAAGUGCGAUACAUAUGGAAUGGAUCUUACCAAAUAAUAAAGUAAUUGUGGUUUGCAAAGCUGACCAGGUUUGUUUACCUGAAGAUGAUAAUGAUUCUCUUUUGCAGACAUCCCAUCGGGUUCGUGUAUCAAAACCUAAACGAGAACACCUCAGAGCUAUCGAUGUAUUUUAUAGCAAAAUUUACAUUCGAAGCGCUAAUCUGAAGGACACUGGUAUAUAUGUAUGUAACGUCAGCAGUUUUAACUCUAUGAGUACUGAUGUACACAUUUCAGUCUAUGAAAAAGAGUUUGUAUAUUUAAACACCUCUAAAAAAUUGGUUAAAGUGAGUGAAGGUGAUGGAGACAGGGUGUAUCUGACAGCUAACUAUGUCUCCUUUCGUAAACCUAAUAUAACAUGGUUCAAAAAUGGUGAGAUAAUCACGGAGAGUAAACAUUAUGAAAUCCGCAUAAUCGAUACAGUACUGGAUCUGGUGAUUUACAAUCCGAAAUACGAAGAUAGUGGUAAUUAUACAGUGUUUGCCGUAACAAAAGAUAUGAACAGUACCCUGAGCCUUACUCUUAACGUUACUAGUAAACCAAUAAUUCAACUAGAUACUAUACCAACAAAGGAGUUUUACAUAGUUGAUCGUAAAGUAACAUUGAUUUGUAAUGUGUCAUCAAACCUUCAGGAUGAAAUAGAAUGGAAGUGGCAAGCGUGUGAUCCAUUCCACUGUUCUUCAAACCCAGCAGCAUGGACAGUAGUUAACAAUUAUACAAUAGAAAAUGGACUGACUACACAGAAUUAUCCAGAGAUUGCUACAUUCGAAAGUCACACUGUGCUGAAUGUAACAGCUUCAGUUGGAGGUCAAUAUAAAUGUCAUGCAAACAACUCACAAGGAAUAAGUGAAAAAAUAGUAAAUUUCUACCUUAGUGACAUUGAAAAUGGCUUUAUGUUUACUUCAAGUGUAAAGUCACCAGUGGAAGGCGAUGAAAUUUUCUUGACAUGCAGUGCUAAUUUGUGGAAAUAUGCUGAUCCCACAUUGAUUUUUGAAAGAUUAUUGGAUACUGAUGUCUAUUCUAAGUUUCCAUUAGUCAACAGAUCAUAUGGGCGGUAUAACAUAUCUCAAAAUGGAAACCUCUCAGCAGAAUUAAAAGUAACAAACUACUCUAAUAUCCUUACCAAAAAAUUCAAUUCAAUUCAGUUGACUGAUUCUGGAAUCUACCGAUGUAGAGUGAACAAUUCUAUGAAAUUUGAUAAAAUUAUUUCUCUCAAUGUUGAAAAGAUGAUCCCUCCAAUGCUUGGUCGUACCAUUGAAUCAACCCUUCAUGCGAGCCUGAACAUGUCCCUACCACUCUCUUGUGAAGUAAUUGGUGGUAAACCUACUCCAACAGUGCAUUGGUAUUUCAACAACGACCAAAUUUUUGAGAACAACACUUUGGGAUUACAUACAGAAGAUGGAGGCACAAUACUUGUUAUACAAAGAACAACCAUUGACCAUUCUGGAGUUUAUACUUGCUACAUAAAAAAUCGUGCUGGUUCUGUGUAUGCAAAUGCAACUGUACUUGUUGGAGAAAAUUAUAGUGCUGCUGGAUUGAGUAAAGUAGAGGUUAUCGUCAUAGUUUGUGUAUCAUUGGCUGUUCUUAUUAUCAGUUUAGCUGUCAUCUGUUUCAUCAUCAAGAAGGUCAAGAUCAAACAUGACUUUGACGAUCUUGAGAAACAGCUUGUUGUGCCUAAAGGUGAUUACAACCCAGAUAUUCCUAUUGGAGAACAAACUGGAUGCCUACCUUAUGAUUCACGGUGGGAAUUUCCGAAGGAACGACUUCGAUUAGGAAUGAUACUUGGUCAGGGUGCAUUUGGAAGGGUUAUCAAAGCAGAGGCAAUAGGAAUUGAAGAUGGAAUUGAUGUUACAACAGUAGCUGUCAAAAUGGUUAAAGAUUGUACAGACCGUGAACAAAUGGAAGCAUUGUUGUCAGAAUUAAAGAUUCUUAUUCAUCUUGGUCCUCACUUAAACAUUGUUAAUUUACUUGGCGCUGUCACUAAGAACAUCCGAUAUGGUGAACUCUAUGUCAUGGUUGAAUAUUGUCAUUUUGGGAACCUACGCAACUUCCUUUUGAGGCACAAAGAUAGUUUUGUGGAUACAAUGGAGGACAUUAUGAUGGACGAAAAAAAAUUCCUGUUGGAUGACGCCUCAAAGCCACACUACAUCAAUCAUGCAGACUCAGAUAACAGUGAACACCUGAAUCGACCUCUAACUACAAAAACUAUCAUUUGCUAUGCUUACCAAGUGGCAAGAGGGAUGGAAUAUUUAGCUUCUAAAAAAUAUAUCCACAGAGAUCUAGCUGCUCGUAACAUCCUGUUGGCUGCCAAUGAGGUUGUCAAGAUCUGUGAUUUUGGCCUUGCCAAGAACUGCUACAAAUCAGCUGAAUACCACAAGAAAGGAGAUACACCCGUUCCCAUCAAAUGGAUGGCCAUUGAAUCUCUGACACACAGAAUCUACACAACGAAAAGUGAUGUAUGGUCUUAUGGAGUUUUUAUUUGGGAAUUAUUUUGUCUUGGUGGCAAUCCAUACCCCAGCGUCAAAAUAAAUGAGAAAUUCAUUGAUUUACUGAAAUCUGGAUACAGAAUGGAUAAACCUCAGUAUGCAACUGAUGAGAUAUACAAAGUUAUGUGUGAUUGUUGGAAGGUUGAACCAGGACAAAGACCUACAUUUUCUCGACUUGCAGAUACAAUGGGCAGUUUUCUAGAAGCUGGAGUCAAGCAAUACUACUUAGAUCUGAGCCAAACCUAUGUGGACUUACCUACAGAAAAUUGUCAAGAUGGCUAUCUGAAAAUGGAUGGACUUGAGUAUACAAAGAUGUCUCCUCAAGUGCCUGAUAUCGAUGCGGACACCCUGUCAAGCCACUCCAGCCAAGCAGCAGCUAUGCAAGAAUACAUGAACCCACGUUGGGCUAAUGAAGAAGCUGAAAAAUAUGAACUGGAAGCUAUGCUCCUUUCCAAUGGUUCUUGUCUGCAGCCACAGGAUGCAAAUUCUAAACACACUAAAGCCCAAGUACACCAUCAGGAAGAUAGUGACAGUGGUCAUUCAAGUGCCUAUGCUCCUGGAACAUCUCCGAAUAUCAAUAACGAUGAAUAUUUAUUACCUCAGAGCAUCGCAUGUAAGAAAGCUGACGAUUUGUUAACAGGUGACAAUUUGGAUUCCUUUGGUUCCCCAUAUCCUUAUAAUGAUGUGGCACCUCCAGACUACAGUGCUGUGAUGGAAGAUGUUGGAGAAAAAGCCUUAUGAAAGAGUUCAUUUGUUUCUUUUAAAUGAAAUUAAUGACAGACUAAAGCUGUUCCUAUGCAGUUUCCUGCAAAUCCCUGACAAGGUGUUUCUGGAUUGGUUUUUUUUUUUCUUAGGUGUGUGUGCAUGUUCUGGGAAUAUAAAUAAAUAUAUUCUAGGAUUAUUUAAUAUCUCCAGAGAUAGCAGAUAUGCAACAUCAAAUCUAAGAAUCAAGCAGAAAUGAUGCUUGGUCAAGGAAAACUGAACAACGUAAUCAAAAAAACUAAUUGCUCCACUGCAGUUACUUUUGUACAUAAACUAUACUGAAGUGCAUAAACUAUACAUUUUUCUACAGAAAUCAAAUUCUUGAUAGAAAAACCAGCUUUUUUUUUAUGUAUUAAAAACAAAAAAACAUUCUCUUUCUUUUCACACUAUUUUAAAUAUAUUUUUAUUAUUAUUCCAUAAUUGUUUAUAUUUUUAAAUUCCAUUCAUCAUCCUUCUGUUUUACUUUUUAAAAAACUGUAGUUCACACCAAUCUUAUAUCAUUUCAUUUCAUCUGGAGUUGGGGGGGUCAUAGUAUUUAGGGUUGGCUAACAUAUCAAGGAAGAACUUAGUUAAGAUUACUUGGAAAUUUAUUCCAUGUUCUGAAAUCUGUUUGGAUUGUUUCUUUAAUAAAAUGUUACAACACAUUAUGAGGAUGAACUUGUACAGAAAGCAUCUGUGGUUGUUUCUUUUAGCAAUGGCUUAUGAACAAACUGGGGUUUGCUAUCAUAUUUUUACAUGUGUCUAUAUCUGUAUGUGAUGUGAUCAGCAAUUGCAAAUAUACUGUGGAAAGCCAGCUAGAUAUUAUUUUUGAAGUUCCAAUCAUUCAACUAAAUUUUUUAACUUUUAAACUUUUGGACCUACGUUUUUUCUUUUUUUAGUUUACUUUUAGGUUGGAAUUUGGUUAGUUUUUCUGCCAAUGAUGGCUUUUUACCUAUUCUAAAUUUUUUCAACACUUCAUAUAAAAUAUAAAUUAAAAUUUAGCAUCUUCAAAUUGCCCAAAUUAAAUAUGUUGUUCUGUAGCAAUUGGGUUUCAUGCUAAUCAAGGUAUUUACAUCAAAUUCUUUGGCAGAUAUUUUAGCCGGUUGCUCCCUUUUUUUUAAACCAAAACUCUGACAAAGUCAGAAUAAUACUUUGAUUUCCUCUCACUAAACUGAUAUAAGCAGAGGUGUGUAUCUUGUCCAAGAACAGCUUACACCUACAUUUUUGAGUUGUUAAAUCACUGUAGAGUUCAGUAAUAUUUUCUUUUAAGACCAUCAAUGAAUGAAAAAAAAAACUAAAAUCCUUUUUAAAAAAAUCAAACUCAUGAUGAUGAUGACGACGACCAAAUUUAAAAUCUAAAAGUAAAACAUUUUGUCAUGAAAUUAAUGACCAUACUCAUGUUCAUUUAUAUUUGGUCAAUCUAGAACCAUUACUUGUUCACUAUUAAAAGUCUGUUGCAGGAAUCAAUGAAAGAAUAAAAUCUUCUUCAUGAUAUUCUACAAAUACAUGAAUUCAUUUUACCACACAUGUAAUGUAAAGCUUCAAUGUACAUUACACCACUCAAAUCAGUAGUUCUAAAUUGCAACCAUCUUUCAUUCUCAGUGCCUUCAUCAAACAAAUUCUUCCAUUAUUUUCAGUAGCCAAACUGUGAGACCCUGUUACACUUGUUGCCAACACAGUAUAAUAUUCAUUUUAUACUGGCAUUACUCAACGAUGUCAUCAAUUUUAACUAAAUAAUUUCCUUCUCUUAUACAUACAUGGCUGUAUGAUUAAGAAGUUUGUUUCACAACUGUGUGGUUUCAAUUCCACUGCACGACAUGUUUUCUAAUCAUAGCCUUUAUUCAACCAAAACUUUUUGGGUAAAAUUUCAGAGAUGGACUGUUGCUGUUAGUGGUUGGUAGGUUUGAUCCAAGACCAGUUUGACUUGAGACCAGUAGAGUCUGUUCUGUUGCAAGUAUGUGGGCCAAGCCAGGUCUGUGGUCUGAAGAUAACUCCCUCCUUUUCUCCUAUCAGCCUUGGAGGCCCUAAUAAAAGUGAUGGAUAUUGCUCUUACUUCUGA